UACCCUUAGGCUAAAAUCUAAAAUCAUUGAUUAUAGCUAGCUUAAUGGCAGAUCCUUGUAAUUUGUAAAACUAUUUAAGCCCACUUUCAAAUCAUUACCAAAUGUACUAAUCUUAGUUUAAAACACUUCUUAAGGCAGUUGGGGUUGUUCAUUGUCCAUAGUCCACACCACACACACCAUUCUAACCCACUCAAGAAACACUUUCCCAUCUUGCUUUUGUUCUCAUGGAGGGUUGUUCCUGUUCAUCAGCAUCAUCCAGUGCCCAAGCUAUCGAAGUCGAAGGCCUAGGCUUCUCGUCAAUCAGAGAAACCACAGUGCAUGAUAUCCAGCUCGCUUUCAAGCAAAACCAACUCACCUCCAGGAAACUCGUUGAGUUUUACCUUAAAGAAAUAGAGAGACUCAACCCGGUUCUUAAUGGUGUCUUGGAAGUGAACCCAGAUGCACUGUACCUAGCUGAUCAGGCUGACCACGAGCGCAAUGCCAAGGCACCUGGGUCACUCUCUAUGUUGCAUGGCGUUCCUAUUUUGGUCAAAGAUAACAUUGCAACCAAGGAUAAGCUGAACACCACGGCUGGCUCAUGUGCACUGCUCGGCUCGGUUGUGCCACGCGAUGCUGGUGUGGUGACCAAGUUGAGAGAAGCUGGGGCUAUCAUAUUGGGGAAAGCCAGCUUGAGCGAGUGGGCUCAUUAUAGGUCUCAUGGAGUACCUAGUGGCUGGAACGCGAGAAAUGGCCAGGGGAAGAAUCCUUAUACAAUGGGAGAUCCUUGUGGGUCCAGUAGUGGAUCAGCAAUAUCAGUAGCAGCAAAUAUGGCAGCAGUGUCACUAGGGACCGAGACUGAUGGCUCUAUUUUAUGUCCAUGUAGUUGUAACUUGGUAGUGGGCAUCAAACCAACAGUUGGUCUCACCAGUCGAGCUGGAGUCAUACCAAUCUCACAAAGACAAGAUACCGUGGGACCCAUAUGUAGAACAGUAGCAGAUGCCGUUUAUGUUCUUGAUGCCAUUGUUGGCAUUGACCACAAUGACAAUGCAACAAUUGAAACAUCACAGUACAUUCCAGAAGGUGGCUAUGCACAAUUUCUUAAGGCUGAUGGGCUGCGAGGAAUGAGACUGGGGAUAGUGAGGGAACAUCCCGUGUACCAUUUCAAAGAUGAUACUAUUGCGAAACAAACUAUUGAGCAACAUUUUAACACACUAAGGGAACGAGGUGCGAUUUUGGUAGACAAUCUGAAAAUAGCCAAUAUUGACAAAAUCUAUUCAUCAAGCAAUGAAGAAACUGCAUUGGUGGCUGAAUUUAAAAUAUGCAUUAAUGCCUACCUAAAGGAGUUGGUGGAUUCCCCAAUCCGUUCCUUAGCCGAUUUGAUUGCCUUCAACAAUGAAAACUCAGAAUUGGAGAAGCUAGAUUAUGGACAAGACCUGUUUAUAAAAGCUGAAGCAACAAAUGGAAUUGGAAAUGCAGAGAAGGAGGCGUUGGCAAAUUUAGAAAAACUAACUAGAGAAGGUUUUGUGGAAUUGAUGACAAAGAACAAGCUAGAUGCAUUAGUGACUCCUGGUAAUAGUGUUUCUUGCGUCCUUGCAAUUGGGGGUUUCCCAGGAGUGAUUGUCCCUGCUGGAUAUGACUCUAAAGAAAAACCGUUUGGCUUGUGCUUUGGAGGACUAAAGGGUUCAGAGCCAAAGCUGAUUGAGAUCGCCUAUAGCUUUGAGCAAGCAACAAAGAUCAGGAAGCCUCCUAAAGUUUAAACUUAAGGCUCUAUUAUACAUAAUUAUAGCCUCUACUCUAAUUUAUAUGAUUAUUAUUCAUAUUGAACAGUCAUGAAGCUAGAUUUGUAUGGAUGCUAGUAGCAAUAUAUGUGCUGUAAAUAUAAAAAUAAUAUUUGACUUUAUGUUUAUUUUAACUUCACUUACGUUA